CCUCGUCGAUCAGCCCGCAUCUCCACUUCCACCUCUCAGUCUGCGAGCUCCUCGCUCGAGCCCGAAGAGCGGACUCGCCCGCAGCGUCUCACCCGCAGCCGCCCCAACGCUUCGCAGCUCCUCCAGGUCCGCUCGCAAAGCGACGAGGAGGUGGUGGACCAGGGCGGGAUCUCGGCCACGUCCGUCGCUGGGAACCGGUACACGAGUGCGUUCGAGGCCGCCGGCUUCGAGACGCUCUCGUGGCAGAAGGACCGAGAGCGGCUCGCGCGCGAGUUCGCGCCGGUGACGCAGCUUGCGGAGGACAUCCCGCACGAUCUCCAAGACCGGCUGAACGCGCUCCCCGCGGCGGCGCGCGCCGCAGGCGACAUGCAGGUCCACAUCUUUGAGGGCGAAAUCCGGGCGAACACCGCGCGUGACGAGCCCCGUGCCCCGCCGAUUCGGGUGGUGAACGACGUAGACGACGAGCCGACGCCGCCGCUCGAGUUCUACUACUCGAACCUGAUGUGGCACGGGACGGAGGUGCCUCCGCCGAACUACAACGAGCUGAAGGGCUGCGGGUGCCGCGGUCCGUGCGACCCGAACUCGAAGACGUGUCUGUGCGCGCUGCGGCAGCGUAGCCUCGUCGAAGAGCACAUUGAAUAUCCGAUGUGCAUCGGGUUCUCGUACGAAGGGGGGCGGCUCAAGCGAGGGCGGGAGGAACUCCCGGUCGUCGAAUGCAACAUGAAUUGCGGAUGCUCGGAUGACUGUCCGAACAGGGUUGUUCAACAAGGCCGAAAGCAUGCGUUGGCGAUCCGGAAGACGCCCGACAAGGGAUGGGGUGUGUUCGCGGGUCCCCAGAAGAUCCCUGCGUAUACGUACCUUGGGGUCUACGCCGGCGAAUAUCUUACUGGCGUAGCCGCAGAAAAGCGAGAAUUCGCUUACAACAAGUUCGGACGAACGUACCUGUUCGACAUAGACUUCUACUACACAGGUUUGAACGAUUAUAGCAUCGACGCGUAUCAUGUGGGCAAUAACCACAGCUGCGACCCGAAUUGUUGGAUUGUAGGCACAUACAUCAACGAGUCCAACAUGGAAAAACCGCUACUCGCCAUCUUCACUGUGGCAGAUAUUGAGCCUUACCAGGAGCUUUGCUUCUCCUACGCUGGCCGGUUGGACGAAGAAGACCUUGCAAAGGAGGCGGAUGGAGAGGCGAGUCCUUCUGAUCUAGCUCUCUUCCCUUUCAACGAUGCCAUUCACAUUCCUUGUAGAUGUGGAGCUGCCAUAUGCACUGGGAAAAUGUGGAAGUAG